AUGAAGCAGUACCUCCAUUACCUGGCGGCCGCUCUGCCCCUGGCCAACUUCGCCGUGGCCCAAAAGGCCGGCAGCCAGCAGACCGAGACUCACCCUAAGCUCACCUGGAGCAAGUGCACCGGCCCCGGUGCUUGCACGACGGUCAAUGCCGAGGUCGUCAUCGAUUCCAACUGGCGCUGGCUCCACGAUGCCGACCAAAAGAACUGCUACGACGGCAACGAGUGGACCAGCUCCUGCUCCACCGCCGACGACUGCGCGGAGCUGUGCGAGCUCGAGGGCGCUGACUACGACGGUACCUACGGCGCGUCGACCUCGGGCGAUGCCCUGUCUCUCAGCUUCCUCACCAAGCACGAGUAUGGCACCAACAUCGGCUCGCGCUUCUACCUCAUGGACGGCAGCGACAAGUACCAGAUGUUCAACCUCCUGGGCAACGAGUUUGCCUUUGACGUUGAUCUCUCCACUGUUGAGUGUGGCCUGAACAGCGCCCUGUACUUUGUCGCGAUGGAAGAGGAUGGUGGCCUCGCGAGCUACCCCUCCAACACGGCCGGUGCUAAGUACGGCACUGGUUACUGCGACGCGCAAUGCGCCCGUGACCUCAAGUUCGUCGGCGGCAAGGGCAACAUUGAGGGCUGGAAGCCGUCCACCAACGACCCCAACGCUGGUGUCGGCCCAAUGGGUGGUUGCUGCGCCGAGAUCGAUGUUUGGUCAUCCAACGCUUAUGCGUUUGCCUUCACCCCGCACGGGUGCGAGAACAACGACUACCACGUCUGCGAAGAGAGCACCUGCGGUGGCACCUACUCCGAGGAUCGCUAUGGCGGUGACUGUGAUGCCAACGGCUGCGACUACAACCCGUACCGCAUGGGCCACACCGACUUCUACGGCCCAGGCCUGACCGUCGACACCAGCAAGGUGUUCACCGUCGUGACCCAGUUCGAGGAGAACAAGCUCACCCAGUUCUUCGUCCAAGACGGCCAGAAGAUCGAGAUCCCUGCCCCCACUUGGGAGGGUCUCCCGACCGACAGCAGCUCCAUCACCCCCGAGCUGUGCUCGGCCUUGUUCACGACCUUUGAUGACCGUGACCGCUACUCGGAGGUCGGUGGCUUCGACGCCAUCAAUGACGCCCUCUCCAAGCCUCUGGUGCUUGUCAUGUCUAUCUGGGAUGACCACUACUCCAACAUGCUCUGGCUCGACUCCUCCUACCCCCCUGAGAAGGCCGGCACCCCCGGUGGUGACCGUGGCCCUUGUGGCCAGGACACUGGUGUCCCUGCCGAUGUUGAGUCCCAGUUCCCUGAUGCCAAGGUCAUCUGGUCCAACAUCCGCUUCGGUCCCCUCGGCUCUACCACCGAGUGA